UUGUCAUCUUCUCGAAGACAAUAAUCGCUUAUACAACAGAGUCCUAUACCUGGGACUCACCAGCCUGAAGAUCUCUUAUCGGGUCUAACUGAGUCAUUCCCUCGUCUUACCGCCACCUCCCAUCCCUGUCUACGUCAAAACUGCAUUCAGUCAGAUUUGCCCGAGAAAGGAAACGAAUCAUGGCGGGAGUAUCUUCUGCAGAGUCGCAGUGGCUCAGCCAGUUGUCUGCUAUGCGGCAAGCUAUCGCAGAGCUGAAGCUACCAAGAAAAGAGGCUGAAGAUGAGAUCAACUAUGGUUCAGAUCUCGAGCUGGAUAUUGAUGAAGACUACUCCUCUCCAGGUACUGUGGAUGAUAUCUGGGACGUCAUCAGUUCCGAUGACGAGAGCCUUGACGAGUUAGACGACAUUGAUGGUGUUCCGUUACCUACUUCAUCUAUCUACGACUAUACCUGGCUCGAAUCGAAAUGCCAGGCCCUUGCGGCUAAGAAGCCGGGUCUCGAUGUAGCGGAAAUCGUACAGCAGAUUACAGCAGUACUGGCUACUGACAGCAGUGAUGAUGAACUGCAAAUGUCUCUCGCAGAGAUUGUGGGCUUCGAUGAUCUCGACUUAGUUAUUGAUAUAAUAGCUCACCGGGCAGACAUCCUUGCUCCUACAACAGGCAAAGGUCAGUCGCAAACGGACGGUCUCUUCACCGGUAAACUACACACAAAGGCCGAACGCGAGCAAAUGCUUCGUCGACAGGAUUUCGAGCAUAAGCAUGCGACUCUAGCGCCGGGACAAAACAGGGAGGAGCCGAAAUACCCUCAUGUAUACAAGAUGCACGACUCGCGUAACACCCUGGCACUUGGAGGGAAGAAAUAUGGACUUCCAAUCGGAAGCAGGCAGAUCGAGGAACAGAGAUACACUGAAUUCGAGAUUCCGGCUGCUAAAGUCGGUUCACUUGCUCCCAAUCAGAAGCUCGUACGCAUAUCAGAUUUAGACCACUUGUGCAGGGGCACGUUCAAAGGAUACAAAACUCUCAAUAGGAUGCAGAGUCUGCUCUAUGAGGUUGCCUACAAGACUAGCGAGAAUAUGCUAAUCUGUGCUCCGACUGGAGCUGGUAAAACGGAUGCAGCCAUGUUGACAAUUCUAAAUGCCAUUGGCAGGAAUUGCGUUCCCAAUCCAGCGGAGGAGCCCGAUGCUACCGAGUUUACAGUCAACGUUGAUGAUUUCAAGAUUGUCUACGUUGCUCCAAUGAAGGCUCUAGCUGCUGAAGUCACCGAAAAGUUGGGCAAGCGGCUUGCCUGGUUGGGAAUUCAGGUCCGUGAGCUGACUGGUGAUAUGCAGCUAACCAAACGAGAGAUUGUGGAGACGCAGAUAAUCGUGACAACUCCUGAGAAAUGGGACGUUGUUACGCGGAAAAGCACUGGUGAUACGGAACUCGUACAAAAAGUCCGUCUUCUCAUCAUCGAUGAAGUUCAUAUGCUGCACGAUGAGCGUGGUGCCGUCAUUGAAUCAUUGGUGGCUAGAACGGAGCGGCAGGUAGAGAGCACGCAAUCUCUUAUUCGUAUCGUGGGUCUUUCUGCAACUCUACCGAACUAUAUAGACGUUGCCGAUUUCCUGAAGGUCAACAGAAUGGCGGGCCUUUUUUUCUUCGACUCAUCGUUCCGUCCUGUUCCUCUCGAACAGCAUUUCAUUGGCGUGAAAGGAAAACCAGGAAAGAAGGAGUCUCGCGAGAACCUUGACAUUGUCGCUUUUGAGAAAGUAAGAGACAUGCUGGAGCGAGGCCACCAGGUCAUGGUGUUCGUGCACUCCCGGAAGGAUACCGUCCAAACUGCACGGAUGCUGCGGCAGAUGGCCAUCGAAGACGGCUGCGAGGCGCUGUUCGGUUCCCAGGACCACGAACACUAUUCUCAAGCGCUAAAGGAUCUGAAGAAUGCUCGGGCGCGUGAACUGCGGGACUUGUUUGUCAGUGGCUUCGGUACACAUCAUGCGGGAAUGGCAAGAACUGACCGCAACCUCAUGGAACGGAUGUUCUCUGAAGGUUUGAUCAAGGUACUCUGCUGUACUGCGACUCUGGCUUGGGGUGUCAACCUGCCAGCGGCUGCCGUCGUCAUCAAGGGAACACAGUUGUAUAGUGCACAGGAGGGUAAAUUUGUUGAUCUUGGGAUUCUCGAUGUGCUGCAGAUUUUUGGUCGUGCGGGUCGUCCACAAUUCCAAGACACAGGUAUUGGCUUUAUCUGCACCACUCACGACAAGCUACACCACUACCUGUCUGCUGUAACUGCACAACAACCUAUCGAAUCCAGGUUCUCUAGUAAACUGGUCGACAAUCUGAAUGCAGAGAUCUCACUGGGCACCGUCACUUCAGUGGCAGAAGCUGUGCAAUGGCUUGGAUAUUCUUAUCUGUUCGUUCGCAUGAAACGGGAGCCACGAAAUUAUGGGAUCGACUGGGCAGAGAUCCGUGAUGACCCGAUGCUGGUCCAGAGACGCCGUCAAUUAAUCAUUCAAGCGGCACGUGUGCUGCAGAAAAGCCAGAUGAUCAUAUUCAACGAGAAGACUGAAGAGCUUCGUGCUAAAGAUGUUGGCCGGAUUGCAAGCCAGUAUUACGUCCUGCAGACUUCCAUUGAGAUCUUCAAUGAAAUGAUGCACGCACAAGCGAGCGAGGCUGAUGUGCUCAGGAUGAUUAGCAUGAGUGGUGAGUUCGACAACAUACAGUCCAGAGACAAUGAAUCGAAGGAACUAGAAAGGCUACGUGAGGAAGCGGUGCAGACUGAGGUCGAAGGAGGAAACGAUUCAGCCCAUGCAAAAACGAAUAUCCUACUUCAGUCGUACAUUUCCCGCGCUAGACUGGAAGAUUUCGCUCUUGUGUCCGAUUCAGCCUAUGUGGCUCAAAAUGCUGCUCGAAUUUGUCGCGCUCUGUUCAUGAUAGCACUCAAUCGUCGAUGGGGUUAUCAAUGUCAGGUACUCCUCUCAAUGUGUAAAUCGAUUGAGAAGCAGAUCUGGCCCUUCCAGCACCCUUUCCAUCAAUUCGAUUUGCCUCAGCCGAUUCUCAAGAAUCUCGACGAGAAGUUGCCGACAUCUUCUAUAGAAUCUAUGAGGGACAUGGAGACAGCUGAGAUUGGACAGCUCGUUCAUAAUCAGCGUAUGGGCAAGACUCUAGCCAAGCUUCUAGAUAAUUUCCCGACUCUAAGCGUUGAGGCUGAAAUUGCGCCGUUGAACAGGGAUGUCCUCCGCAUCCGUCUGCAUGUCUACCCCGAGUUUACUUGGAACGAUAGACAUCACGGUGCCUCAGAGCCCUAUUGGAUCUGGGUUGAGAAUUCGGACACGUCCGAGAUAUACCACCAUGAAUACUUCAUCCUUAGUCGGAAGAAACUUCACGACGAACACGAACUCAACUUCACUAUUCCUUUAUCUGACCCACUGCCAAGUCAAAUUUACGUCCGGGCUGUGUCCGAUAGGUGGCUGGGCGCUGAAACCGUUACUCCCGUUUCCUUCCAGCAUUUGAUCCGUCCCGAUACUGAAAGUGUCUAUACGGAUUUGCUGGACCUCCAACCGUUACCUAUCUCCGCCUUGAAGAACCCAAUCCUAGAGGAGAUAUAUGGGCAGCGGUUCCAAUUUUUCAAUCCGAUGCAGACACAGAUAUUCCAUACGUUAUACCAUACUCCGUCCAAUGUGCUUCUUGGUUCUCCCACCGGAAGUGGAAAGACAGUAGCAGCAGAGCUGGCUAUGUGGUGGGCAUUCCGAGAGAAACCGGGCUCGAAGGUGGUAUAUAUCGCACCUAUGAAAGCUCUCGUGAGAGAGCGUGUGCAGGAUUGGGGGAAGAGAUUAACGGCCCCCAUGGGACUGAAGCUUGUCGAGUUGACUGGUGACAAUACGCCAGACACUAGGACUAUCAGAGAUGCAGAUAUCAUCAUCACUACCCCCGAGAAAUGGGAUGGUAUAUCCCGCAGCUGGCAAACUAGGGGAUACGUGCGACAAGUCAGCCUAGUCAUCAUUGACGAGAUCCAUCUGCUGGGUGGUGACCGUGGUCCUAUUCUGGAGAUUAUUGUAUCCCGUAUGAACUAUAUCGCUUCUCAGUCCAAAGGUGCUGUUAGGCUGCUAGGCAUGUCCACUGCCUGUGCUAAUGCCACUGAUCUUGGGAACUGGCUAGGCGUCAAGGAGGGGCUGUUCAACUUCAGACAUUCUGUGCGUCCUGUGCCGCUAGAAAUCUAUAUUGAUGGCUUUCCGGAACAGCGCGGCUUCUGCCCACUUAUGCAAUCGAUGAACCGGCCUACCUUUCUUGCCAUCAAGAGCCACUCACCUGAUAAGCCUGUGAUCGUCUUCGUCGCUUCUCGACGACAGACACGUCUAACGGCCAAGGAUCUCAUUAACUAUUGUGGUAUGGAAGACAACCCCCGGCGGUUUGUUCGCAUGUCCGAAGAGGAUCUCCAGCUCAACCUUGCACGUGUCAAAGACGAUGCACUUCGUGAAGCACUCAGCUUCGGGAUUGGUCUGCACCAUGCUGGUCUAGUUGAGUCUGACAGACAGCUAGCUGAGGAACUAUUUGCAAACAACAAGAUUCAGGUCCUCGUUGCUACCAGUACCCUUGCCUGGGGUGUCAACCUGCCCGCACAUCUAGUGGUUGUUAAGGGCACGCAAUACUUCGACGCAAAGAUCGAAGCUUACAAGGACAUGGAUCUGACCGAUGUUCUUCAAAUGCUGGGUCGUGCAGGACGUCCCCAGUUCGAUUCCUCUGGAAUAGCUCGUAUUUUCACGCAGGAUUCUAAGAAGGCGUUCUAUAAGCAUUUCCUUCACACUGGCUUUCCAGUAGAGUCGACCCUACACAAAGUCCUCGACAACCACUUGGGUGCCGAAGUUUCUGCAGGAACUAUCAAAACCAAGCAGGAUGCUCUCGACUACCUGACUUGGACGUUCUUCUUCCGCAGGUUGCACAAGAACCCUUCAUAUUAUGGCCUUGAGAUAUCGGCUGAAGAACAUAACACGAUAGCUGCGCAGCAGUUAGCCUCUGACUUCAUGAUUGAUCUGGUUGACAAGUCUCUUAGUGAGCUGGCCGAAUCAUCCUGUGUUGUCUUCGAUUCUGCUACAGGAGAUGUUGAUCCAACACCUUACGGAAAGAUCAUGAGUUUCUACUAUCUCUCGCAUAAGACUGUCAGAUACUUGAUGUCUCAUGCCAAGCGUGAUCCUACCUUCCACGACGUGCUCAGUUGGAUGUGCUCGGCCACAGAAUUCGAUGAGCUACCCGUCCGUCACAACGAAGACCUGAUCAACGCGGAGCUUGCGCUUAAUCUUCCUUUGUCGGUGGAGUCAAUGGGUGAUCUUCCAAUGUGGGAUCCGCAUGUGAAGGCGUUCCUUCUCCUCCAAGCAUACAUGUCAAGAAUUGACCUGCCAAUUUCUGAUUAUGUCGGUGAUCAGAUCUCGGUCUUAGAUCAGGGCAUCCGUGUCAUCCAAGCGUCUAUCGAUAUUCUGGCAGAGCUUGGUUACAUAUCUGCUUGCUGCCAGAUGAUCACCCUGUUGCAAUGCAUCAAAUCCGCACGUUGGCCUUCAGACCAUCCCCUUUCAAUUCUACCCGGCAUUGAACCCGAGAAUCCGUCGAAAGCUCUCCCGGCCUCGCUCACGGCCUUAUCCUCGCUUCCAGCGUCGUCUAUAUCGUCAUUCGCUAGGAAACUACAUCUCACCUCAGCUACAGCCAAUCAGUUCACGAGAGCGGCAUCCAGCAUACCGAAUUUAUCUGUUUCCGUUUCAGAUGUCUCCAGCACUGGCAUGGUAGUGACGUUGACACGACAGAAUCCCCACACGAAUCCAGAGUACAAGAUCUUCGCACCUCGUUUCCCCAAACCGCAGACAGAAGGAUAUUUCCUGAUAGUCACCGCUGCUGCGCCAAAUGGCGCAGACGGUGACUUGCUCGCACUAAAGCGCGUAUCUUGGCCACCGGUUGCAAAUAACAACCGUGAAAAGGGCAGGAGACAAGGGCACCAGAAGAACGGAAAUGUGGUUGCAAAAUCCUCCGUCAAAUUCCCAGAAGAGGCCCUUCCCAGCGAAUCCGCUACGACCAACAGAAUCGUAAACGUUCGUGUCAUGAGUGAUGCUUAUCCUGGAAUGGAGUGGACUGUAUCUGGUGUGAGGUUGCCAUUCUAUGAUGACGUAUCCAAGAAAGGUGUGGAGAGUGCUGGGCCUUCGCAAUCUAGUGCGUAAAGCACAUGAGCUAGCUAUAGCUAAAUUCAAUAUCAGCCUUCAAUAUAUUCACCGCACUAAAUCAAAAUGUAGGCUUUAUAUCUAACCCGUAGGAAUAUCACGAGUGUUGAAUUGACCCUAGCCUCCGUUUCGACCUCCAAUUCCUCAUUGGAAGCGGUGGCUGCUGUGACUGCGGU